AUGAUGGAGGAGAGUGAGGAACCUCAAACUGUGAGGGACGGUGCCGUCCUUCCAACAGAGAAGAGGUUUUCCUGUACUGAGUGCGGGAAGAGUUUCCAUUCUAAAUCUGGUCUUAAUAAGCAUAAAAAAUCUCACACAGGAGAGAAGCCGUAUUCCUGUCCUGAAUGUGGGAAAUGUUUUUCACAGAAGUCCAAUCUUUCCACACAUCAGAGAUCUCACACGGGGGAGAAGCCGUAUUCCUGCCCUGAGUGCGGGAAAUGUUUUUCAGGGAAGUCCAAUCUUUACACACAUCAGAGAUCUCACACAGGGGAGAAGCCGCAUUCCUGCCCUGAGUGCGGGAAAUGUUUUUCAGAGAAGUCCAAUCUUUACACACAUCAGAGAUCUCACACAGGGGAAAAGCCAUUUUCCUGUUCUGAGUGUAAGAAAUGUUUUUCACACAAGUCCAAUCUUUACACUCAUCAGAGAUCUCACACGGGGGUGAAACCGUAUUCCUGUACUGAGUGCGGGAAAUCUUUUUCAGUGAAGGCCCAUCUUUACACACAUCAGAGAUCUCAUACGGGGGAGAAGCCAUAUUCCUGCCUUGAGUGCGGGAAAUGUUUUUCAGUGAAGUCCCACCUUUACACACAUCAGAGAACUCACACGGGGGAGAAGCCACAUUCCUGUCCUGAGUGUGGAAAAUGUUUUUCAGACAAGUCCAGUCUUUACAAACAUCAAAGAUCUCACACUGGGGAAAAGCCACAUUCCUGUCCUGAGUGCGGGAAAUGUUUUAUACAAAAAUCAGAGCUUGUCAUACAUCAGAGAUCUCACACGGGGGAAAAGCCAUAUUCCUGUCCUGAGUGUGGGAAAUGUUUUUCACAGAAGUCCGAUCUUUACAGACAUCAGAGAUCUCACACGGGGGAAAAACCAUAUUGCUGUCUUGAGUGCGGGAAAUGUUUUUCAGACAAUUCUAGUCUUUACAGACAUCGGAGAUUUCACACAGGGGAAAAGCCGUAUUGCUGCUCUGAGUGUGGAAAAUGUUUUUCAGAAAAUUCUGGUCUUUACAGACAUCAGAGAUCUCACACGGGGGAGAAGCCGUAUUCCUGUCCUGAGUGCGGAACAUGUUUUUCGCGGAAGUCUGGUCUUUACAGACAUCAGAGAUUGCACACAGGGGAGAAGCCGCAUUCCUGUGCUGUGUGCGGGAAAUGUUUUUCACGGAAGUUCCAUCUUCACACACAUCAGAGAACUCACACAGGGGAGAAGCCGUAUUCCUGUCCUGAGUGUGGGAAAUGUUUUUCACAGAACUGCGCAUCAUUUAUGAGGCAUGAAAGAGCUCACACGGGGGAAAAGCCGUAUUCCUGUCCUGAAUGUGGGAAAUGUUUUUCACAGAAGGCUAGUCUUUACACACAUCAGAAAUUGCAUACGGGACAAAAGCUGUAUUCUUGUUCUGAGUGCGGGAAAUGUUUUUCACAGAAGUACAGUCUUUACACACAUCAGAGAUCUCACACAGGAGAGAAGCCGUAUUCCUGUUCUGAAUGUGGGAAAAGUUUUUCAAGAAAAUCCAGUCUUUGUACACAUCAGAGAUUGCACACGGGUGAGAAGCCGUAUUCCUGUCCUGAGUGCGGGAAACGUUUUUUACAGAAGUCCAAUCUUUACACACAUCAGAAGUCUCAUACGGGGGAGAAGCCACAUUCCUGUCCUGAGUGUGGAAAAUGUUUUUCACUGAAGUCUGAUCUUUACAGACAUCAAAGAUCUCACACGGGGGAGAAGCCGUUUCCAUGUCCUGAGUGCGGAAAAUGUUUUUCAAUGAACUCCCAGCUUUCCACUCAUCAGAGAUCUCACACGGGGGAGAAGCCUUUUUCCUGUCCUGAGUGCGGGAAAUGUUUUUCACAGAAGGGCAAUCUUUCCAUACAUCAGAGAUCUCACACGGGGGAGAAGCCUUUUUCCUGUUCUGAGUGCGGAAAAUGUUUUUCAAUGAACUCCCAGCUUUCCACUCAUCAGAAAUCUCACACGGGGGAGAAGCCUUUUUCCUGUUCUGAGUGUGGAAAAUGUUUUUCAGAGAAGUCCCGCCUUUCCACACAUCAGAGAUCUCACACGGGGGAGAAGCCUUUUUCUUGUUCUGAGUGUGGAAAAUGUUUUUCAAUGAACUCCCAGCUUUCCACUCAUCAGAGAUCUCACACGGGGGAGAAGCCUUUUUCCUGUUCUGAGUGUGGAAAAUGUUUUUCAAUGAACUCCCAGCUUUCCACUCAUCAGAGAUCUCACACGGGGGAGAAGCCUUUUUCCUGUUCUGAGUGUGGAAAAUGUUUUUCAGAGAAGUCCAGGCUUUCCAUACAUCAGAGAUCUCACACGGGGGAGAAGCCUUUUUCUUGUUCUGAGUGUGGAAAAUGUUUUUCACAGAAGUCCGAUCUUUCCAAACAUCAGAGAUCUCACACGGGGGAGAAGCCUUUUUCCUGUUCUGAGUGUGGAAAAUGUUUUUCAGAGAAGUCCAAUCUUUCCACACAUCAGAGAUCUCACACGGGGGAGAAGCCUUUUUCUUGUUCUGAGUGUGGAAAAUGUUUUUCAGAUAAGUCCCGCCUUUCCACACAUCAGAGAUCUCACACGGGGGAGAAGCCUUUUUCUUGUUCUGAGUGUGGAAAAUGUUUUUCACAGAAGUCCGAUCUUUCCAAACAUCAGAGAUCUCACACGGGGGAGAAGCCUUUUUCCUGUUCUGAGUGUGGAAAAUGUUUUUCAGAGAAGUCCAAUCUUUCCACACAUCAGAGAUCUCACACGGGGGAGAAGCCUUUUUCUUGUUCUGAGUGUGGAAAAUGUUUUUCACAGAAGUCCGAUCUUUCCAAACAUCAGAGAUCUCACACGGGGGAGAAGCCUUUUUCCUGUUCUGAGUGUGGAAAAUGUUUUUCAGAGAAGUCCAGGCUUUCCACACAUCAGAGAUCUCACACGGGGGAGAUGCCUUUUUCCUGUUCUGAGUGUGGGAAAUGUUUUUCAGUGAAGUCCCGCCUUUCCACACAUCAGAGAUCUCACACGGGGGAGAAGCCUUUUUCCUGUUCUGAGUGUGGAAAAUGUUUUUCAGAGAUGUCCAGUCUUUUCACACAUCAGAGAAUACACACGGGGGAGAAGCCUUUUUCCUGUCCUGAUUGCGGGAAAUGUUUUUCACAGAAGGCCAGUCUUUCCAAACAUCAGAGAUCACACACGGGGGAGAAGCCUUUUUCCUGUUCUGAGUGCAGAAAAUGUUUUUCAGAUAAGUCCCAUCUUUCCACACAUCAGAGAUCACACACGGGGGAGAAGCCUUUUUCCUGUUCUGUGUGCGGAAAAUGUUUUUUAGAUAAGUCCCAUCUUUCCAGACAUCAGAGAUCUCACACGGGGGAGAAGCCUUUUUCCUGUUCUGAGUGUGGGAAAUGUUUUUCAGAGAAGGCCAGUCUUUCCAAACAUCAGAGAAUACACACGGGGGAGAAGCCUUUUUCCUGUUCUGAGUGCGGGAAAUGUUUUUCACAGAAGUCCGAUCUUUCCACACAUCAGAGAUCUCACACAGGGGAGUGGCCUUUUUCCUGUUCUGAGUGCGGAAAAUGUUUUUCAGAGAAGUCCAAUCUUUCCAAACAUCAGAGAUUACACACGGUGGAGAAGCCUUUUUCCUGUUCUGAGUGCGGAAAAUGUUUUUCACCUUUUUCCUGUUCUGAGUGUGGGAAAUGUUUUAUACGGAAGUCCCAUCUUUCCAGACAUCAGAGAAUACACACGGGGGAGAAGCCUUUUUCCUGUCCUGAGUGCGGGAAAUGUUUUUCAGAGAAGGCCAAUCUUUCCAGACAUCAGAGAUCUCAC